CAGUGUGCUGUGUGUAUGCGAAAGACAAGAGGAGCGAGAGACCCAAAUCCCUAAUUUUUUCUUCAUUCACUUCUUCCCUCUACCAAACCAAAUAAGCUAGGGUUUCAAAUCCCCCAAUCUUCUCGAAGAAUUCAACAAUGGCGAUGGCAGCUUUACGACGUGAGAGCAGGCGUCUUACCUCCAUCGUUUCGCCUAAUCCGAUCAAUGUUCUUCGCUCCUCCCUCCUCUCUUCCGAGGAGCAGACAUCUGCCGGAGUUCGAUGCAUUUCAACUCAAAUUGUUAGAAACCGUAUGAAGAGUAUUAAGAACAUCCAGAAAAUCACAAAGGCUAUGAAGAUGGUUGCUGCUUCAAAGCUGAGACAAGUUCAAACAAAAACUGAAAAUUCUCGUGGCUUGUGGCAGCCUUUCACAGCACUUCUUGGGGACACUCCGAGUGUUUCUGUGAAGAAAAAUGUUGUCAUUGCAAUCUCUUCUGACAAAGGUCUCUGUGGUGGUAUCAAUACCACCUCAGUCAAAGUAAGCAGAGGUGUUAAGAAGCUGAAUGAUGAUCCUGAAUCAGAAACAAAAUUUGUUAUCUUGGGAGAGAAAGCCAAAGUACAGCUGAUUCGUGGUGAUUCAAGGAAGGACAUUGAGCUCUGCAUGACUGAGCUUCAAAAGAAUCCUUUGAAUUUCACACAGGUGUCUGCACUUGCAGAUGAUAUCUUGAAGAGUGUGCAGUUUGAUGCCUUGAGAAUUGUAUUUAACAAGUUUGGCUCUGUUGUGUCAUUUGUGCCAACAGUGGCAACUAUCUUGUCUCCCGAGAUUGUUGAGAGAGAGUCUGAGGCUGGUGGCACACUAGGUGAACUUGAUUCUUAUGAAAUUGAAGGUGGAGAGACGAAGUCAGAGAUACUUCAAAAUCUUGCGGAGUUCCAAUUUUCUUGCGUAUUGUACAAUGCUGUAUUGGAAAAUGCCUGUAGUGAGCAAGGUGCUAGGAUGUCUGCCAUGGACAGCUCAAGCAGAAAUGCUGGAGAAGUGCUUGAUCGUCUCACACUUACUUAUAACAGGACCCGUCAAGCAUCUAUCACCACCGAACUUAUUGAAAUUAUUUCUGGAGCAUCUGCUUUGGAGGGCUAGAUGAGAAGAAAAUUUCUGUAUUUUUACCUUUGACGUUGACGAAAUAAGAUUGUAGUUGGAAUAUGUUUCAUCCUUUUUUGCUGCCCCUUGGGAAGGAGUCCUGGGUAUCGAUAUAAUAAUAUCCCCAACAAAUAUUUUUUGGGAACAUCAGAAAGCUUUUUCUUCUUUCUGAGGGGUCUUUUUUAAUUUUUUGGAUUUUGGAAAAUUCUUAUAUUGUGGUUGAGGGUUUGUGCAAAACAACCAAUGUUCUUGUACCGGCACAUACUUCUGAUGCGCUUGCUUUGUAAUUUCCCUUCCAUCCUUGGCAAAUAUACUGUAUCAGACUUGUUUCUAUUGGUAUCUAAAAGGGCACAUUUUUGUUGUUUUUGCAUUCAA